CAGACCGGCUCGGAGAGGAGAGCAGAUUUUUAUCACGUUGGAAACAGUGUUUUGAGUGAUUGUAGUAAAGUUUAUUUUUGCAUUUGCACCUUUUUUGUCAUUAAAAAUGCCUGAACGCGCUUCGUGUGAAGUAAUAAAAGGAGCCGACCGGCUCCGCUUGCGUGCUCUUUCUCGCUCGCGCAGCCGAUCGGCUCUGAUUGCGUGCUCUUUCUCGCUUGCGCAGCCUGUCGGCUCCGAUUGCGUGCUCUUUCUCGCUCGCGCAGCCGAUGGGCUCCGAUUGCGUGCUCUUUCUCUAUCGCGUAGCCGAUCGGCUCCGAUUGCGUGCCCGCUGCGGCCGCGCCGACCGCCAUUUUGAUAGCAACAUUUGAACGUAAUAGUUGUGCGUACUUGUACGAAAAGAUGAAUGAUGAAAAAUUAAUAAUACUCGUGUCAAAAUAUGAGUGUUUAUUUGACAUAACCAAGCCAUCAUAUAGCGAUCGGAUAAUGAAAGACAAUGCAUGGGAGGAAAUUAGCAAAUGUCUCGGAAUAAGUGUGACGCAGUGCCAGGAUCGUUGGAAGAAACUGCGAGAUAACUUCAGAAAAGCCUAUUAUAACCGAAAAGGCAAGAGUGGCGAUGGUGCAACUACGUCCAAAUUGAUAAAAUUUGAAAAAGAACUUUCUUUUAUAAUACCAUUUUUUCGCAAUCGAAACCAAAUAUCUAAUGUAACAUUAUCAUCGGAUGAUUCAGAGCCUGGCACACCAAUACCACCACCAUCGACAUCAUCUAAACGUUCUGACCAUUCUGAAGUUGAAUCGCUUGCAAGUACUUCUGGCUCGAAAAAGAGACCACGCUUAAGCAAAGAUGUUGCUACGGUUUUCGAAGAGUAUCUUGAAGAAAAAAGAAAUACUACACCCCGUGACAAGGCAUUACGUAAUUUUUUUUUGUCUAUGUCAGAUACAGUGGAAACAUUCCCAAAAGAAGUCCAAGCACGAAUUAAAAGGCGCGUGUUUAACAUUGUUAAUGAAGCUGAAUUAAGUCUGUAUGAAAAUAGUACAGAUUUGAAUUAUUCUUUGUCUAUAAAUUCACCGCCAUCGACUAAUCAAUCUACUUACCUAGUGUCAAACGAAACCUAUAUUCCUCAAAACUAUCCAGAUCAGACUACUUACGGGUACAAUACCAGCACACAAAAUACAAAAUAAUAAACAAUCAAAAACAAUAAUAAUUAUAAUAAUAAUAAUUAAACACACACAAAUCUGUACUAUUUAAUUACAUUUCAUUAACGUAAAUAAUGCUUAAUAAAUGGAGGGCUGUGAUUUUGUGAUCUAUUUAGAUGUUUGUGUUAUUUAACAUGAUUAGUAUAAGUAAUUUACAUUUCAUUAACGUAAACAAUGCUUAAUAAAUGGAGGGCUGUGAUUUUGUGAUCUAAAUAACAUGAUUAGUAUAAAUAAUUGUUUUUUAUUUACC